AGAACACAUCUGCUUUCCUGUGUGAGGGUGAGGCUUGGGCCAGGUUCCCCGGGAGGCUCAUCUCUAUUGCGCAGCGCUACGGCGACCCGCAACUCCGAGGCUCGGCUGGAUGUUGAGAGUUGAGGGAGCAGCCGUUUCGGGUGGGCCCAGGGGAGGAGCUGACAGGAAUCGGCGUGGGUCCCGCUCUGAACUACAUUUCCCAGAGGGCCUGGUGGCCUGCCACUUUUCUCGCAGGAAUUCGAACGUUUCGUCACUCCUGGCGGGACCCUUAGAUCUGGGAGGAAACCUCUCUGAGGUCUGGUCAGAUUCCAACCCUGGACAGCAGUGAACACAACCUUUCCUCUGAGCCACUGGAAUUGGACAGGAUGCCCCAUUCUCCUCUGAUCUCCAUUCCUCGUGUGUGGUGUCACCCAGAAGAGGAGGAAAGAAUGCAUGAUGAACUCCUGCAAGCAGUAUCCAAGGGGCCUGUGAUGUUCAGGGAUGUUUCCAUAGACUUCUCUCAAGAAGAAUGGGAAUGCCUGGACGCUGGUCAGAUGAAUUUAUACAAAGAAGUGAUGUUGGAGAAUUUCAGCAACCUGGUUUCAGUGGGACUUUCCACUUCUAAGCCAGCUGUGAUCUCCUUAUUGGAACAAGGAAAAGAGCCCUGGAUGGUUGACAGAGAGCUGACUAGAGGCCUGUGUUCAGAUCUGGAAUCAAUGUGUGAGAUCAAAAUAUUAUCUCUAAAGAAGAGACAUUUCAGUCAAGUAAUACUUAACCAUGAAGACAUGUCUACUUUUAUUCAGCCCACAUUUCUUAUUCCACCUCAAAAAACUAUGAGUGAAAAGAAACCAUGGGAAUGUAAGAUAUGUGGAAAGACCUUUAGUCAGAACUCACAAUUUAUUCAACAUCAGAGAAUUCAUUUUGGUGAAAAACCCUAUGAAUCUAAGGAGUAUGGGAAGUCCUUUAGUUGUGGCUCACUCGUUACUCGACAUCAGAGGAUUCACACUGGUAAAAAACCCUAUGAAUGUAAGGAAUGUGGCAAGGCUUUUAGUUGUAGUUCCUAUUUUUCUCAACAUCAGAGGAUUCACACUGGUGAGAAACCCUAUGAAUGUAAGGAAUGUGGAAAAGCCUUUAAGUAUUGCUCAAACCUUAAUGAUCAUCAGAGAAUUCACACUGGUGAGAAACCCUAUGAAUGUAAAGUAUGUGGAAAAGCCUUUACUAAAAGUUCACAACUUUUUCUACAUCUGAGAAUUCAUACCGGUGAGAAACCUUAUGAAUGUAAAGAAUGUGGGAAAGCCUUUACUCAACACUCAAGGCUUAUUCAGCAUCAGAGAAUGCAUACUGGUGAGAAACCUUAUGAAUGUAAGCAGUGUGGGAAGGCCUUUAAUAGUGCCUCAACACUUACUAACCAUCGCAGAAUUCAUGCUGGUGAGAAGCUCUAUGAAUGUGAAGAAUGUAGAAAGGCCUUUAUUCAGAGCUCAGAACUUAUUCAACAUCAGAGAAUCCAUACAGAUGAAAAACCAUAUGAAUGUAAUGAAUGUGGGAAGGCCUUUAAUAAAGGUUCAAACCUUACUCGACAUCAGAGAAUUCACACUGGUGAGAAACCCUAUGACUGUAAGGAAUGUGGAAAGGCUUUUGGUAGUCGCUCUGACCUCAUUCGCCAUGAGGGAAUUCAUACUGGUUGAAUGACAAUAAAGUAAGACCAUUUUGUUAA